AUGCUGCUGAACAGCAUCCUCUCGUAUCUCUUCGAUCCUGUUGAAGACGCCAAGGAUGUUGACGGCACAGCGAGCGGGAGCGGCAGCAGCGUAGUUGCUGAGCCACCUGCUGCGAUGGCGACUGCUUCUACUCAUGACUCGGAAAAGGCCGCUCUGGACUAUUCCCCGCCCUCACCGACUCUGGACGAAGUGCUCCGUCAACGACAACUAGAGGAAGAGAUGGUGCAGGUGCGUCGAGAGCGGCGCGCACGCGUUCGCGCGCAGCGGCGGCAGAUUCGGCAGGCCCGCAAGCUCAUGCGCCUUCAGCAGCAACUAACCAACAGCGGUGGCGAGCACGACUUUCUGCUCACCCAAGACCCCCUCGCGUGGUAUGCAGAGCAGCUUUCGAUGAAGAAGGCGAGGCUCCGUGGUGACGACCUCGUAGACCUGCACAGCGCAAGCUCACUCUCUUCGUCUUCGUCAUCAUCAUCCUCGUCCUCUUCCGCGCGUGAGGACGAUGACGACGCGGAGGCCCAGCUUGAGGCGGCGCUCUCAACACUCAUUCCUCUGCGCAAGCCGAAGGUCUACUUUGCCAGCCGCACCCACACGCAGCUGCAGCAGCUGAUGGAGGAUCUGCAGCGCACCGCCUUUGCCCGGCUACCGCUGCGACCGCGGCAUCGCAAAAUCGAGCCGCUGGAAAGUGCAGCUGGGCGAACGGCGGGGGAGGGGAUGGGGGGGGUUAACGACACCGAUGACCCUGCUACCUCUUCAAAGUCCUUGGGCUCUCCUACCCAUGCGUGUCCUGUAGCGGCAGCAUCACGACCAACGCCUUCACGACAGCAGCAGCAGCCUCGCCGUCUCACAGCCGUACACGUGGCUGGCAGACCGCACCUCUGCUUGAACGCAGCCCUGCGUCGCAAGGCUGGUGGCAACAAUGACCGCCUGAACUACUACUGCCGUGAGGCCAUGCACUUCGAGCGCUCCAAGCAGGGACGGCAGUACCGGCGCCAGCAGCAAGAGCACCCGCAAUACCAGCCGCCUCACCUCACCGACCGCCCUGCCGUACGCAACAUCGAAGAUGCCACGGGGGUGCAGCAAGAGCUGGAGGACGACAAGGGAUGCGUGUACUGUGUCGAGUCGCACCUCCGCUCCUUGAUGACGUACCUACGUGACGAACAGCGUCGUGCGGAUGCGGCCACAGACCCCGUCGACGCUGCCAGCGGCGGUGCCAGUGCUUCCGGCAACGGUGGCCCGCCCUCUUCAGUCUACACCAUGGACCGCCUUCGGCGACUGGGGGCGGAGCUGCAGGCAUGCCCGUACCUCGCCACGCGCCUCCUCCUCAGGGGGGCCGACGUGGCCUUUAUCCCGUACGGCUACGUCCUCGACGAGGGCCAGCGAGCCGUGCUUCUCGGCGGUGCAGCAACGAACCCGGCGACGGCAGCAGAGGCGGCGGCUGUUUUCGCGACGCCCAGUCGAUCCACCCCGGCGGCUGAGGGUGGCGGCGCCUUGCAAAACGAUGUCGCACCGCACAGCCCCCCGUCCCUCGGCACCGUUCUCUAUCAUCGGCGCCAGCGUGUCACGGCCACGGCGACCUUCAGGCGGCGACGGCAGCAGCAGCAGCAGCGUGGUGGCAAUGUGUACGGGGGCGACGACGACGACGAGGGGGAGGAGGAGGCGAUAUGGAGUACGAUGGCGCGCAGUGCACCGCCUUCUCUUUGCGGGGACAUCUUCGUAUUCGAUGAGGCGCACAACAUCGCCGAUCACUGCCGCUCAACCAGCACCGUCACUGUGGCCCCAUGGCAUCUCCUGCUCGCUCGACGGCUCUUCGAGACGUACCUGGCGCGUUACGCGUCGCGACUGCUGACGCGCAACAAGCAGCGGCUUCGCGAGCUCGUGCAUUUUCUGAGCAAGCUGUCGGGCUUCUGCGAGCGCGCAGACUCCGCUGCCGUCCUCGGGGAGGGUGGGGGCGGGGAAGGCGACAUCGCACCAUCACUCUCAGCGCCGUCACCACCACUCAUGCGACUCCCCCAGCCAUCGACGACGACUCCAACAACCGCCGCACGCACGCUUGUCCUACCCUUCCACACAUUUCUCUUCGAUGCCGGCAUCGACAGCGUCGACGUGUACGCGUUCCUGACCUUCCUGGUCGACUCGCAGCUGUUGAUGAAGCUGCAGGGGUUCGUCUCCUAUGCACUGGAUGCGGAGCUGCAGCAGGAAAGAGAGUCGGUGUCGACAGCGAUGAGAACGACGAUGACCGUCAGCGGCACGGACAGCAGCGCAGGCUCGACGGCUGGCGUGAAGCGGCAGCGUGGCAGCGGCGUCGGUGUAGGCGUCAGCGAUGCGCAUAACGAGGCACAGCGGCAGCGGCGCCUCUUGGCAUCUCUUGACCUUCCCGACAAUCACAAGAAGACAGCUGAGGGGGAAGCUGCACCUCCCCACCUCUCACUCGCGGAACACCUCUCGCAGCAGCUGCAGCCGGCCGGUGUGGCGAUGACGGCGGCAGCGCACGCAGGCGCAGUCGCCCCGGCUGACCCCGUGCAGCUACGCGCGUUGACGGCCGAGGCGCUGCAGUGCGUCGAGCGACUUCUCUGUGCGCUGUACGUCUCCAACACCACCUCGACGAGGGUGCUGUGGACGCCGUCAUCCUUGUCACCGACGUCACCGGCACGGCCCGCAGGUUGCGCCGUGCGACAGGGGGCACUGAAGGUUAUACAGCUAGAGCCUGGUAUGUACACCUUCGCCCCACUGGUGCUGGAGGCGAGGGCCGUGGUGCUGGCCGGCGGCACAAUGCAGCCGCUGGCCUUCACAUGUGGACCCCUGCUGCCCGCGCAGGCAAUGGUUGGUGGCGACGCUGGCGGUGAUUGUGGUACCGCGAGCACGAUUGGGCGAUCUGCCGUAGAAGUGGCUGUUGAAGGAAUCGGCGGCAGCGACUACGUCCACUGCAUCGACGCGUCGUUGCAGGGCGGUGUUGCACCUGCGCCUGGUCCGUCUGCCUUUCACCUCAUCUCCGAGGGCCACGUCGUGCCAUCGUCGUCAGUGCAAGUAUGGGCCCUCGGUAUCGGACCAAGCGGACUUCGAAUGGAGCUCAGCCAGCAGGCGCUCGGUCUGCGAAGCAAUGCCGCCAGCACGUCCAACGACACCGGCUCUUCACGCAUCGGUGUCAGCAGCAUCAUCAGCCCACACGCCCACCGUGUGCUAGCGGAGGUGGGGUGCACGCUGCUAAACCUCGCCCGAGUGCUUCCGCCCGCUGGCGCCAUCUGCUUCUUCACGUCGUACGACGUCAUGGACGCCGUCGUGGCCGUGCUGGAGAGCACUGGCUACUACGCUCAGAUCAGCGACGUAAAGCGAAUCUUCAAGGAGACGCGCAACGGCGGCGGCGGCGGCGGCGGCGGCGGAGGAGGAGGGCGGAUCACCGCCGGCGGAACGGACGGAGGUGGCGGCGAGGCCAUCGCAGAGCUUCUGCGCGAGUACCAGGAGUGGAUCAGCGGUGAACCUGCCAGUCACGGCGCUGCUGAGCGUGCGCCGGGACCGUCGUCGACUACCGCGUCCUCGCCUGUCAGCACAGCUGCCGCGUCCCAGCAGCGGCAGAAGCCGUCCCGUCGCGGUGCCUUCCUGUUCGCCGUGAUGGGAGGUCGCCUGUCGGAGGGGAUCAACUUCGCCGAUGACCUCGGCCGUGCGGUCGUCGUGCUUGGCAUGCCGUACGCGAACCCCACCGACGUGGAGAUGCGGAUGAACCUAAAGCACAUUGUCGCGACACGGCUAAGGGCGAACGCCGACGCGGAUCGUCGCGGCAUGCGUGGGACGGCAGGGUCAGCAUCCACGCCCUCGCCCGCAUCCUCGUCCCCGUUCACGUGCGCAGAGGAGUGGGGCUUGUACAUGGACAGCAUGAUGCGCACCGUCAACCAGUGCAUCGGCCGCUGCAUCCGCCACGCCGGGGACUAUGCGACGAUCAUCCUGCUCGACGCGCGGUACACGGAGCGGCCGGACGCUCGCCGACGCGUCUCUGCGUGGCUGCAGCCGUCCAUGCGUGUAGCGCAGACGUUCGGCCAAUGCUUCAGCGGUGUCCGCGAGUUCUUCGCGGAGCGGCAGCCGAAGGGCUGA